UCACUGCAGCAGUGAGGACCGCCCUACUUCCUUUCUGAAAGGGAAAAUUCCCUGUGAGAAGGGUGUAUAAAAACCCUGCAGGUCGGCAGAGUCAGGCAGAGAAACUGACAAGCUUAACAAAGCACACUAAUACAACUUCGACUGCUGACUUCAACAGAUCUUUCUUAAAUCAGAAAAAGAUGGCAUGCAACGUGAGCGAGAUGUGGAGCCCCAAGAUGCCUGAGGGGCUGGAGUUGGAAUACGUCCAUCACCCACUGACAAUGAAGCGUGUGGUCAACCUCAUCAUCGCCAUGGAGAGGCUGAAGGCCGGCGGGUCAGAGCCGGUGCUGAGCACCGAGUUCAGAGACGAACACCUGCUCAGCAUCAUGCUGGAGAGCAUCGUGGAAGAGCACAUUGUGUACGAGAGCCACUCUGUCCCAACAGAGGAGUUCAACUGGAUAGAGGAUGCAGAGUGCACCAUGACCGAUAGCCAGAAGAGGAGCUUGAUUCGGGCUGACAACGUCAUGGAGCUCUGGGCAGUGAUGCUGCAGGGAGGCAGCGAAGGCCGCAAAGUACACCUGAACAUGUCGACCUACACUGACCCUACACCCAGCAACCAGGCCAUACCUGUGGCUCUGCGCAUCAAAGACACAGAUCUCUACCUGUCAUGCCACAAGAGUGGUGACGAGCCAACUCUGCACCUGGAGGCGGUGAAGGACAAAGACAGCCUGUCGCAUUUCAGUACGGACAGCGAGUUGGUGCGAUUUCUGUUCUACAGACGUGACACUGGGCUGACCUUCAGCACCCUCAUGUCUGCCCGCUAUCCCAGCUGGUACAUCAGCACUGCUCAGGGCGACAACAAGCCGGUGGAAAUGUGCACAGAGAGCGCCAGUCGCUACCGAACCUUCACCAUCCAGCAUCUGACACAGGCAUGAAGUGUAUUUGUAUUUGUAUCUUAAAUAAUCGCUGAAGAAGAGUAGUUCACUACUACAUUUUCAGUAGUGCAAAAUAAUCAGAACCAGAUUUAAUUUAUACAAAAUCAGUUGAGUUUUUUAAUCGAGUUUUACAGAGUGUCUACUGUUUACUGUAUGUACCAAGUACAGAAAGUAAAAUACUUAGUGUAUUGAGACUUUACCACAAGGUGGCAAUAUUGUGCUGUUUUGUGGGCACCGUGUUAGAUGACACCCUGUUAAUACUUUAUUUAUUUAUUUAUCUAUUUAUGCAUCAUUUUAACAUAUGUAUUUAUAAGUGUAAUACUGCUUACCAAUAUUUUUGAAUGAUUUUUUUAAAAAUAAAGCUUAAUAACUUAAAAAUUUGAA